AAAAACCAACUUCUUCCCCUAUAAAACCCUAGUCUCCCUUCACCAUUUCCACCACCACUCACUUUCACAACCCAUCAAAGAAUUAAUUUGGUGUCUUGUGAGAGAUCAUGGCUUCCAAGGCUCUUCUCCUCCUCUCCCUCAACCUCUUCUUCUUUGCUAUUGUUAGCUCUACUUAUGUCCCUUGCCCACCACCCCCAAAGGGUCACAAACACCAUCACCGGCCGCCGCCAACUUGUCCCAACGACACCCUUAAGUUGGGUGUGUGCGCCAACUUGUUGAAUGACUUGGUGCACCUCGUUGUUGGAACCCCUCCAAAGACACCUUGCUGCAGCCUCAUUCAAGGCCUUGUGGAUCUCGAGGCUGCUGUUUGCCUUUGCACCGCCAUUAAAGCUAAUGUCUUGGGCACCAACCUAAACGUCCCCGUUUCAUUGAGCUUGCUCCUCAACUACUGCGGAAAGAAGCUCCCCUCCACCUUUCAGUGCGCAUAAAUUUCCUAUUUCGUUUUCCCUUGCCUUUCAUGGUGUGCUCAGACUUUGGCUUGUUUGUUGGCGAAUUCUAUAAACGUUUAUCAAUAAUUCUUUGGUGUUAUGUUUAUCACCUUCUUCAGUUCUUGUCAGUAUAGGGAUCUUAAGCUGUAAAAAUAAACUGAGAUUGUUUCAGAAAGAAGUGAAUUUGUGUUCAUCAUGUUUUCUUUUGAAGAAUAAUUUGUGUUCAU